AUCCCCCCACACCCAUCCCGUGGAUGAUGGGGGAAGGCACUACUCCUGGGGUUCCCCGAAGCGGAUCCUGGGACUGGGACCUGGGGACGCGGACUCUGGACCUUUGGAGGAAAUGAAAGGGACCCAGUUGGAAAUAUAGUCUUUCUUCGCGCCCCCUACAUCUCUCUCCCCCGGCGGAAACGCGGCCCAAACUGUUACGAAGUGGAAGAGGCUGGAUAGCUCUUCACAAUUAAUCAGGAAUGGGAGGUUUGAGCAGUUUUACUUGAUGAGGGGAAAAUUAUAGCCUCGCCCAUUCAUUCAUUAUUUCAACAAUUACUUAUUGAACACCUGCUACGUGGCAGACAGUAAGAGCCUGGAUAGUUUCUCCCCGUUUUUCAAAGUCGCUAAAGGCGACCAGAGGGCAGAGGCGAGGCCGGUAACCUAGGAGUCCUGGCUCCGCCCCCUCCGCGUUUGGCCUUGCCUGCUCCUCCCACCACCACUUCGCUCAGAGGCGGCUACUGGCUCAAGAGGACGACGGAAGCCAGUCCCUGAUGCCCACCGCAUUCUCCAGCUUCAGGCCUCAAGCCCUGUAGCCGAGAAGGCGAGGCCUAAUGUUACACCACCGGCCAAGAAGGCGGGUUUGGCGCGGCCACUCCAAGGCCAAAGCGAGAAAAUCUUACUGCGCACGCGCAAUAGGCAGCCGAUGGAGCCACCGAUGGAGCCGUCCGGAGGGGAGCAAGAGCCCGGAGCCGUCAGGCUCCUGGACCUGCCUUGGGAAGACGUGCUGCUCCCACACGUCCUGAACCGGGUCCCGCUGCGCCAGCUGCUCCGGCUGCAGCGCGUUAGCCGGGCCUUCCGGGCGCUGGUGCAGCUUCACCUGGCCGGGCUGCGUCGCUUCGAUGCCGCGCAGGUGGGUCCGCAGAUCCCGCGGGCCGCAUUGGCCCGGCUGCUGCGGGAUGCCGAGGGGCUGCAGGAGCUGGCGCUGGCGCCGUGUCACGAAUGGCUGUCAGACGAGGACCUGGUGCCGGUGCUGGCGCGGAAUCCGCAGCUGCGGAGUGUGGCGCUGGGCGGCUGCGGGCAACUGAGUCGCCGGGCGCUUGGGGCGCUGGCCGAGGGCUGCCCACGCCUGCAGCGCCUGUCGCUCGCGCACUGUGACUGGGUGGACGGGCUGGCGCUGCGCGGCCUCGCUGACCGCUGCCCGGCACUGGAGGAGCUCGAUCUCACCGCCUGCCGCCAGCUCAAGGACGAGGCCAUCGUGUACCUGGCGCAGAGGCGCGGCGCUGGUCUCCGCAGCCUCUCUCUGGCCGUCAACGCCAACGUGGGGGACGCCGCGGUUCAAGAGUUGGCUCGGAACUGCCCAGAACUCCAGCACCUUGACCUCACCGGCUGCCUCCGCGUCGGAAGCGACGGUGUCAGGACAUUGGCCGAGUACUGCCCCGCGCUGCGCUCGCUGCGGGUGCGGCACUGCCACCAUGUGGCGGAGUCCAGCCUGAGCCGCUUGCGGAAGCGCGGCGUGGACAUCGACGUGGAGCCGCCGCUGCACCAGGCCCUGGUGCUGCUGCAGGAUAUGGCGGGCUUCGCACCUUUUGUCAACCUGCAGGUCUGACCCGCCUGCCAAUCGGAGCACAGCUGGACUGUGUGGCUGGGGCCUGACACUGAGCUGUAGGGAAACUGAACUGUGGGGACCUCUGGUGAGAGGCCAGUGCCCUGCCCCACCCUGGAGCUUCGAAUAAAGAGCUUUUUACCCCCUC